AUGGUGUCUGAUUUUCUUUGUGCUUGUCAUGGCUCUUUGCAAUUAACUGAUGAGCAGUUGAAGGCUAAUCCACAUGUUAAGUUCAAAGAUGUGCAUGUUUUACGAUCAAUUCAAGCAGAUGGUUAUUGGAAAGCAGAGCAUAUGAUUGAACAG